AACUACACAACGUCAACAAAAAAAAACGCCUACGCCGGCUUUUCAUACGUGAAUAAGAAAUCAAGUUAAUUUCGUGCCCAAUUUAAGCCAGCAAAAUGCUUGAGACACUGUACAACCUGCCAUUUCACAUACUCGUGCCGCCCAACAUCAAGGUGCGACGCAUUUCCAUACCCAUGCCCUCGCCCAUGGCCGUGUUUUCGGUUGUGCUGCUCUCCUACUUUCUGGUCACAGGCGGUAUUAUCUACGAUGUGAUCGUGGAGCCACCGAGCGUGGGUGCGACCGUGGACGAGCACGGACACUCGCGUCCCGUGGCCUUUAUGCCAUAUCGCGUGAAUGCCCAAUACAUUAUGGAGGGCCUGGCCAGCAGCUUUCUCUUCACGAUUGGCGGCCUGGGCUUCAUCAUAAUGGACCAGACCCAUGCGCCGGGCAAAACGAAUCUCAACCGACUGCUACUAACGGCCAUGGGCUUCAUAUUCAUACUGGUUUCCUUCUUUACCACCUGGCUGUUCAUGCGCAUGAAGCUGCCCAGCUACUUGCAGCCGUAAUCCGUGUCUAACAUAAGGAG